AUUUUUACACUUAAAUUUGUGCCCCGUUAAAAAUACUGGUUCAGAUAAAUUCGGCACAAAUAUGUUGCAUCCGCCUCUGCUUGUCAAGCACACUUACAUCAUGUAAGUUACAUGUAGUAUAUACGAUUUUGAGCUACCUCAAAGUUUAUUUUAACACAAGUAUAAUUGAACUUUUAAGCUAGAAAUUUCUGUAUCCAUUUCGUCAGUUAUUUACUUCAUUCGGGUGAAAUCAUGGUUUAUAACUUGACUUAAACAAAUAAGGUAGGGGUAAGUUUUGCGUACACACUACCCUUUUCAGACCUCUCACUUGUGGGAUUACGGGUAUGUUGUUGCUGUAAGUUGACUUAAACAUAACAUCUGGCUCAGUGUAAACAAUUGAGAAAUGCCUUCAUUCUGGUGAAGCUACGUUUAUAGUUGACUUAAGACAUCCUUUUCUAUCACCUGCUUCCAUUUAAAUUUAGUAGUGGUUAACCAACUAUCCUUUACUUGAGACGAUAUAUCACCAGCCAGUAAUCAGUGUGUAACUUAUGCACUUUUCUUCAAUUGGCUGCAUAACAAUCCAAGACUUAGUUUUUCCUGCUAUUGAUUUUGACUAGGUUCUUGACCAUCAAAUUGCUCUUAGAACACACUGUUCUUUUGAGUAACAUCAUUUGCUGAAUAGUUGAAAAAAAGAGAUAAUAAUGAAAGAAGGGAAUGUGCUGAUGAUUGCUCAAAGAAUGGUAUCUGAUGCAUCUCCUUCAUUAACUCCAAGAUCUCCAGCUAUACAACCACCUUUGCCAACACCAUCACCAUAUUCGUUUUCUGUGGCAUCGACAAGGUUGAGCUCAAGGCCUUCUAUUCAUACAUAUGAUCUUAUCCUCAGGUCACUGGCACUUCUCUUCUCCUUCAUCUCCGCUCUCUCGCUAGCUGCACAAGAAGGGACCAAAAGAAAACGGAUCUCCAGCUUCUAUGAUCACCCAGAAUUAACGUACUGCUUCACAGUAAGCAUAUUAGUUUUUAUCUACUCGGCCUUUCAACUCUUCAAAAGAGUUUGUGACAUUGCUUAUAGAGGAGUCUUGAUCUCUGAUAUGACCUCUGACUACCUCAGUUUCAUAUUCGAUCAGUUGGCAGGUUACCUCCUUGUGUCUUCUUCUUCAGUAACCAUACCAGUCAUUCAACAGAUGAAUAGCCAAAGCUCACUCUGGAAGGCGGCUGUUGUUGCUGUUUGCAUGUCAUUUAGUGCUCUCAUGGUCAUUGCAGUGUCCGCUCUCUUAUCAGGCUACAAGCUGUGCAAAAGGAUCAUAUGGUGAUGCACUGGGAAUUGAACGUGUAGCCUUCAACUCCAGGAUUGACAAAGCUAGAGUGUAAAAUGGGGACAUAAUUUCUUCACCACUUUUUUGUUUCAGUCGAGAACGUUUUGAUCCACUUGAAGCAUCACAAGUAGCAAUUGGUGGGAUAUACCAACUAUCUCCAACUACGCUAAUGGUCUGGUAGAAGUUGAUACAAAGAGGGUUCAGAAGUAUAUAGCAAAGAAGAGAUGAUUUUGGUAGAAAAUAUCCAUAUUUUAAUUGUUGUGUCGUUGUCAUGGUGAAUAAACAGUAUAGCUAGUACAGUAUAAGCUAGCUUUGUGCUUCAAUGUAACAGCAACUUACAAUUCUAUAUCUACAGAAAAUGUUUUCCUGUA